AUGCUUAUGGGUGGAGAGUCGGUAGAAGUUUUGCUCGAAGACAUUGUUAAAUUUGAUGAUCGUUAUGAAUAUAUCAUGAUAUAUCGUCAUGAAGAAUCCUUGACUAGUAGACAUGUGGCAUUGGGUGCGCAGUAUACCUUAAAAGCUAAAAAUGGAAACACGCCAGGAUGGAUUGAUGACGAUGCUCAGAUGGCAGAACAACUUCUGAAAUCCGACUGGAAGUCUUUCUUUUAUGUCUAUUUCUGCUUGACGAAUGUUAAUUACACGUAUCAAAUUGUCUUCUUUGCCUUCUUUGCAAACAACUGCAUAAAAUUCACUUUGGCGUUGACAAAAUCAAGAGAAAGCAAUUAUUGCUGCCUUCGUGGAUGGGCAGAAUCAAUGUCAAAGCUCGCACCACUAUUCUUGAUAAACAUUGAUACAGCUGCUAUUUCUAAGCGGCAGCGUCUUGGGUUGACAGAGGAUG